AUGAAUACGGUGACCUGUAUAAUCGGUGGCGUUUCUCAUCCGAUGUUAAUAGACUCAGGAGCAGAGGCAAACCUAAUAACCGGUGUAGCAUGGGAGGAGCUCAAAUUGGCGGGAAUCGAAGUAAUCAGCUGCGAAAAAGGAAGCAAUCGUGUGCUGAAAAGCUAUGCCAAUAAUAUUCCUUUGACGGUAUUGGGUACGUUUCUAGCAGUUGUCCAAGUUGCAGCUAGGACUGUAGAAGCUGAAUUCUUCGUAAUCCAAGGUGGACAACGCUCUUUUUUGGGAGAUGCCACUUCCAAACAGUUAGGGAUAUUGAAGGUUGGUUUGGAAAUAGAUCAGAUAUCAGAGCGGCUGCAACCACUUUCCAAGAUCUCGGGCAUUUGUGUACAUAUUCAUUUGGACCCCAAUAUUAAACCGGUUUUUCAACCAAUGCGGAGAGUUCCGGUGGCACUAGAGGAUGCUGUCAACAAUAAACUUGAAGAGCUGAUGGCUAGAGAUAUUAUAGAGGAGAAAAAAGGUCCAGUGAGCUGGGUACCUCCGUUGGUAGUGGUUGGAAAGGCAAACGGCGAACCCAGAAUUUGCCUGGAUUUGAGAAGAGUAAAUGAAGCAGUGAUGAGGGAAAGACAUCCGAUGCUGAUGAUCGACGACUUCCUGGCUAGAGUUGGACCAAAUAUGAUUCGUAGUAAAUUGGAUGUCAAAGAUUCCUUCUUACAACUUGAGUUGGACGAAGCGUCCAGAGAUGCGAUGGUGUUUCUCACUGCACGAGGAUUGUACAGAUUUAAGCGAAUGCCAUUCGGGUUGGUGUCUGCUCCUGAAGUUUUCCAGAAAACUAUGGACGCGAUACUGGCUGGCUCUGAAGGAACCUGGUGGUACAUUGAUGAUGUGUAUAUCGAAGGCUAG